AUGAAGGGACACCCAAGAUUUGGUAAAAGGGGUAAGUUAACACCCCGAUACGUAGGUCCGUUUCAAAUCCUGGAAAGGAUAGGUCCAGUGGUCUUUCGUGUUGCUCUUCUACCGAAUAUAGAGCAAGUGCAUGACAUAUUCCAUGUCUCAAUGUUACGAAGGUAUUUGCAAGAUCCAUCCCAUGUUAUAGAUUAUCAACAAAUUGCCUUGGAUGACAAAUUGAUUUAUGAGGAGAAACCAAUUCAGAUUCUGGAUCGACAAAUGAAACAAUUGCGAAGUAAAGUGAUUCCUACGACAAAGGUAGAAUGGCAGGAGCAUUACGGAAAAGAAGCUACUUGGGAACGAGAGGAGGAAAUGAAGCAACGGUACCCAGAGUUAUUUUCGACUUAA